UAGAAAGGUACGCGUCCCCUUUAAACACCUCCCCCUGCUCCUUCCCACGUGGUGCAGGGCUGGGGCGGGGAUUUUGCGAUGAAUCUCUUCUCUUUUUGUCGUGGUGUGGAGGAGCUGUAUGGGAAGUGAGACAAUGCCUAAGUCAAAGGAACUUGUGUCUUCAAGCUCAUCUGCCAGUGAUUCAGAUAGUGAAGUUGACAAAAAGGCAAAGCGGAAAAAGCAAGUAGCUCCAGAAAAGCCUGUUAAGAAACAAAAGACUGGUGAAAGUUCAAAAGGUGCAGCUUCUUCUAAGCAAAGCAGUAACAGGGAUGAGAAUAUGUUUCAGGUAAAAUUGAUGACUCUCUUAGAGCCUGGUUAAGGUAACCAUUUACAU